UGUUCCGGGAAAGGGAAGAGUUUAUAUAUUAGAGGUUUUUCAGACUUAGGUCAGGAAAACACAUUUCUGCGAGAUCCGACAACUGUUCAUGCGUUCCGGAGCUGACGGCAGUGAUAUAAGAAGAGGAAAAUGCGCAGAUGACCGGCUCUUGCCCCAAGCCCACUCACACAAUGAUCACAGAAAUCGUCAUCGUGCGCCACCCUGUCUCCGCGUGCGUACCUGUGAACCACAAGGUGACUCUGCGCGUCCGCGCUGAGGGCACCGGCAUCCUCAGCUACCAGUGGUUCUCCGAGGACGAGAAGGAGGUGCCUGGUGGUACUCAAGCAGACCUGACCAUCAGAGCUUCUAAAACCCAGCGAUAUGUCUGCCGUGUCAACGAUCUCUUUCAUAACUACAUCUUCAGCGAGUGGGUGAAGGUGAAGGUGCUAGACAUUGAUAAAUCAGGGUUGCCGGUCGACUGGCAGGGCGAGCCGCAUAUCGCCAUUAAUCCCAAACCACAGGCUGUACAACAGGGCACAAAACUCAGCCUUCGCUGCGCUGCCUUUGGCAUCCCCACUCCACACUACCAGUGGUACCGAAAUGGACAGCCGCUGCUGGACAAGACCGCUGAUGUCCUGCAGAUUGAUGGUGUAACAGCAGAACAUGGGGGAUCCUAUCUGUGUUCGAUAUCUAACGUCUUAGAAGAGAGGUGGACAGAGCCGGUCGAUGUCGAUAUCGUGCAACCUGACCUGCCUCCUCCUGCAGCACUAACAGCCACCGAUAAGAUUGCCCUUCUUAUCGGCAACCUGAAUUACCGCCACCACCCCGGUUUGAUGGCCCCCAUCAUGGACGUCCACGAGCUGGCCAACCUGCUGCAGCAGCUCGGCUUCAGGGUUGUCUCCCUGCUGGAUCUCACCAGGGAGGAGAUGAUGGCUGCUAUCGACAAGUUCAUUCAGCUCCUUGACAGGGGAGUUUACGGGCUUUUCUACUACGCGGGUCACGGUUAUGAGCACGCCGGGAGGAAUUACUUGGUCGCGGUUGACGCGCCACAGCCGUACCAAACCAAGAACUGUGUCUGUGUGCAGCGGGUCAUGCAUCAAAUGCAGGAAAGGCAAACGGCAAUGAGUGUCAUCCUGUUGGAUACCUGUAGAAAAUGGUACAACCAGGGUUGCAUACCAUCAGUCAUCAAGCCACUGGGACCGAAUGGGAACACGGUGUAUGGUUAUGCCACAUGCGAGGAUGCUGAGGCGUACGAGGUCCAGGAUGGGGGCAAGAGUACCGGCAUCUUCACAAAGUACCUGAACAAGCACAUCCUUCAAGCAGACAAAGUCACGCACGUCUUAGAGCGAGUCUCCGAGGAUGUUGGUAAAGACCGUCUUGUCAGUGGUAAACAGGCAGUGGAGAUAAAACACACCAUGAAAGAACCACGAUCCCUCACAGACAAAGUUCGAACAACUGGUCACACAAGGGAACUUCACCUACGUGAUGUUUGCUGGAGACAAGCCAAUGAGCUGCCACGAAAGAAGCACCUGACGUUUCUUUGCGGUGUGGAAGUGGAAGUCAGCUUCUCAGCUCUGUUCUCCAAUGUACUGGUGGCUUUUGCGACUAUAAAAACUACACCUGAUCAUACCCAGGACUGUACUGUCAUUCUAAGUAGCAAUCCGGCAAUGGAAGACAUAUUCUCCAGGUCGGGUCGCUCAGAGGAAAUGGACUCACUACUAUUUAAUGAAACGCAUAACCCUGACUGUACCCUAAGACUUUGCUCUCUCCAGAAGUUGAAGGAAUCUGUGGUAGUCAAGGUGGAUCUACACUAUACCCACAAGGACAGUAAUCUGCGGCACACUGAAAGCCUGCAGGUGGACAUAGGAAAGCCUCUGGUGGCGUCCUGUAAGCUGUACAGGGAGAAUCGUGCAGGAAAAGACAGAAAAACCGACGGUGCUAAAGUCCAGUGCAUGAGUCAAAUUUCACGCAGCAAAUCACCACAGCAUCAGGCUCUGGCCGCCCCACAUCGACAUUUCACCAGAAAGGCAGAGUGCGCCGCUAAAACCGCAACCGCAACCGCGCGGAGCAAUGAGCCUGAGGAGAACGACGAGACUGAACUGCAAGAUUUCCGACCCUGCGAGUAAAAGCAACGGGAUUCUAAUUAUAUUGUACAGUGUUUGAUUGUGCAUCUUGUCUGUAAUUGAUGAUAAUAGGCGGAUCGAUGACAUGUAUACUCUUAUACCAGGUAGAAGGUUCCACUCUUAUGUUCUUUUUCAUGGUAGAAUGUAAAUGAAAACAAUGCAAAAACACUGUAGGGAAAUUUAAAAGAUACCUUUGUUAUAACUUUUGAUUUUUUUGUUGUGAAUAACACUUGUUACUUCAUUGGCAAGCUGGCUGGCCUAUUGAAGACAUUACUUUAAUAAUUUAUCUUUUUUAAAAUUUAUAGUUUCACUGGAAUGUCUGUCGGAAAUAAAUUAUUCAUUCAUUAAUAUCUCAUAAACAGUACUACUUUCAUCUCUGUAUUUUCGAGCUUUAGAAAAUAUUUUAUUUUGCCAUAAAAAGGAAAGCCGCAAUUUCUGUGUCCAGGGAGGUUCUUCGUUAUGGUCCUGGGCAUUCAAAUCACAGAAAUUGGCUAAACUAAGUUUCUCUCUCACACAAUGCGCACAUUAACAAAGCUGAAAAAGUCAGAUUUGCUUGGAAAAUUUGUAAAUUUUUCUCAUAUUUUGUGGCGGGUUUAUUUCCUACAGGGAGUUGUUUGAGUUCACAUAACUACAUGACUACACAGUGCGUUGGAAAAACCAUUCAUACACCUUGAACUUUAUCACAUGUUGACACAUUCGAAUGACAAACGGUGAUGCAUCUUAUUAGAAUCUUAUGAUUUUCUGCUAAUAAAAAUGUGAAGUGUGACGUGUA